CCAUCGGGCCUCGAUGUCUCGAAUCGGCUCAAACUGGAGUUGUCGUAAUUAUCGUUGCAGUUUGAUUCAGCUAGUGCGGUGAUUUGGUACUAUUAUUAUAUCCGAGGAAUAAUGCAGAGCUGCGUCGCAGACGUGGACGACUCCGGGCGCGAUGAAUAGCACCGAUCCACAGUAUUGAAUCGACAUGUUCUCGUUCUUCUUCGAUCAUAUUAUUUCUCUCCAAGAUACCAAUUCCUCGAGUAUCUCUCGUCUCGUAGACUGGUCCCCCUCUUGGUAGCCGCGCUCAGGGCACCUCCUACCCCGAAACUCGUCUGCCUUGAACCACUACCCCUCCUCUCCAACUCGUUCAAUCACUCCUCAAAUCGGACUCGAUAUUUUCUGAGUUCAUACCAACUGCAAGAACCGAACCCAAGUCCACUUCCGAUCUGGUCCAGUACGGUCGUGUGGCGCGUGCAGGUGCCUUACAAUUUCGAUCCAUAAUUCUUCAAACCUGCGGAAGUUUCCCAGCACCGCCCUUCCAACUUUCCCGCGUUCCCCUUUUUUUUUCCCUCGAGCUGACGACCGGUUCACUCCACCUCCGAAUCCCGCGUUCUGGAACACUCCACGUCGCCAUGCACCGCCAUUGAGUUCAUCAUCCCUCGACAUCUGAUAUUCCCCCCCCCUCUCUUUGUUACCGACCUUCUACUUUCCCUUUACCAGCUGGGCUUCUCAACGGCCACGCAUGGGUUGGAACACCUCGGUCCUCCGCAGCCAUGCAUUGGAAAGGCCUGCGACUCGUCGCCGAUGGGAGCUCCAAGCGCCAAAGUACCAUUGAAUCCCACCAACCCCAGGGCCGUCGCAGCGAACACCUCCCACGUCCCUUGGCCCCCAUCAACGAGCCCAGAUACUCCGAAUCCACUUCUCGCUUCUCGGACCUGGUCGAAUCAGACGACAUUAACACUGACGGUGAUGGGACGGCGUCACGAUUGCAAGUCCCGCGUGAGAGGGGGCCAGAGGCUCCCGUCGCGCGGGCGGAUUUCCCUGCAGGCCCCUCGAGGGGGGAUACCCCUAGCUUGAGGAGGAAUCGAUUCAGCUUUAUGAGACUGCGUCACGCCUCGGAUCCACAGCUUUCCAAGUCUUAUGCAAACGCUGGGGAAGCUCCGCCAGUACCUUCGCUCCCGCCUCCCAAGAUCAUCACCACGGCCCCGACCAGCCACGAACUCGACCAGCCCGUCAAACAGCGACAUAAGCUCAGACUACGCCCGUCCUCUCGCAAGCACUCCAUGGAAGAUCUAUCCCGAAGCUCAGGAGACUAUUUCCGCAGGACGGAACGAAAGCAUCAGGGAUCGACCGACUCCCAAAUCGCCGAGUCCAGUCUUUCGACGUAUCCGACAUCAGCCCCGGAGGAACCGGGGAGACUCUCGACCACGUCGAUACGAAGUGGAGGUCGAGACCAGACGUUCAACGAGUCCCAGCGGUCGUCGGUGUCAGUCACGGAUGCGCGCUUCUCAGAAUCAUCCCGAUCAGAUCAAAGCUACGGAGACCAGACCUUCCGGACAAACUCCCCCCGUGAUGGCCAAGCCGCAACUAGCAAGCGAUUCCGCAUGCCCCGAUUGAAGCGACAUCGUAGCCCCUUGUUUCCACUACCCCCAAAGCUCCCACCAACCUCGAACAAUUUCCCUGCGGCCGAGACCCCGAAAUCCGAUGGCUCAGAUCAUGAUCAGGUCUCACCACUCCCCUCUCCGCAACGGUCAUCGGUUGGCCUGGCUGGUUCCAGCGCACCGCCACUUCUUCGGAAUAAUUCGACAAAUUCGGCUCGGUCCAUUCGAUCAAAUCCCUCCCAUCAGGGUCGCGGCAGGUCUUCUACCAUGGGGUCACUCGCUGAGAACAACGUGGAUGAAUCAUCGUCAGUUCCGUAUCUGGCAUCGUCCGGACGGACGUCCACCUCCACCAGUGGACGGAAGAGUUUCGGUGACAUCUUCAGCAUCUCGCAGCGACUGCGACAAAACUCCGAGCCGGUGAUUCCUCGCAACGGUUCCCCAGGUAUUGGUGGAGUGACAACCCCGGUCAAGGCGGAUCUUCCGCCAAUCCCUGCCCAUGAAGAAGGAGAGACGCCAGCCGCAUACCUGACCAAGCUGGAGGAGAACCUACCGCGCGGCAUGAUUGGAGGUGUCCUGGCCCAGUCGGACGACGAAUUCUUCAAGGUCGGACUACGGAAGUACAUGCGAUCAUUCUCGUACUUUGGUGAUCCAAUUGACAUGGCCAUUCGCAAGCUUUUGAUGGAGGUGGAAUUGCCAAAGGAGACCCAGCAAAUUGACCGAUUCCUGCAAGCGUUCGCAGAUCGCUAUCAUGAAUGCAACCCCGGAAUCUUUGCUUCGACCGAUCAAGCUUACUUCAUCGCAUUCUCCAUUCUUAUCCUGCACACCGACGUGUUCAACAAGAACAAUAAGCGGAAGAUGCAGAAACCUGACUAUGUCAAGAAUUGCCGCGGAGAGGGUAUCGCAGAGGACAUCCUCGAAUGCUUCUACGAGAAUAUCUCAUACACGCCCUUUAUCCAUGUUGAGGAUGCAAACCUUCGCGAUCGCCACCUGGCGAAACCCCGGCGUGCAUUGUUCAAAAGCACCAGCUCUGAUCAUUUGCCUCUGAUGGCGAGGGAACCUGUAGAUCCCUACACACUCAUCAUGGAUGACAAGCUCGGAACCCUGAAACCCAGUCUGAAGGAUGUGAUGGAUCUCGAGGACACUUACGACCAUGUUGGAACCGGCGGUCUGCCUGAUAUGGACGAUCUUCACCAGGCUUUUACCAAGUCUGGCAUCUUGCAAAUCAUUUCUCUCCGCUCUAGGCCCGAUGCGUUCAUGCAGGCAAGCCUUGAUAACCCAGCUGACUCACACCCGGGUCUUGUGGAUAUCAAGGUGGCCAAGGUUGGGUUGCUCUGGCGAAAGGAUCCCAAGAAGAAGCGGGCACGAUCACCCUGGGCCGAAUGGGGCGCGGUUUUGACAUUCUCCCAACUUUACUUUUUCCGCAACGUAACUUGGGUGCGAACGUUGAUGGCUCAGCACGAUGCGUACGUGAAGAAUGGCCGCAAAGGCACCCUCGUUUUCCGGCCUCCUCUGGCUGAAUUCAAACCGGAUGGUAUCAUGUCUACAAAUGAUGCCGUAGCUCUGCUCGACCACAGCUACAAGAAGCAUAAACACGCCUUCUCGUUCGUUCGGCCCAAUGCAUUGGAAGAAGUCUUCUUAGCAACCUCGGAGCCUGAGAUGAAUGACUGGAUUGCUAAGCUUAACUACGCUGCCGCCUUCCGUACCACGGGUGUUCGUACUAAAGGUAUGAUUGCUACAAAUUACGAGGGCCAGCGAUACCGCAAGAGCCAGCGUAUGGGAUCCGUCUCGUCGCUCGGGUCACGCCGGUCAGGGGAUAAAGAACCCGAAUCGCCUAGCAUUGACAAUGACAUUGUGGCCGAGUUUGUCGCAGCUCGUCGACAGCUGAUGAGCCAAAAGAUCCGCGAUACCAAUGAGAAGCUGUCCGUUACUCAGAAACAACUGGAAGAUCUCUUGCGAAACGCUCGGCAUCUGCAAGUGUUAACCCCGGUCACUCCUCGCGCUCGUGAGAAUGUCAUCAUGGCGGCAGCUCGUAUGGCCGCAAAGCUCAAGUGGGUUCGACAGGACAUCUGGCGCAACAAGUGCUACCGUGCAGUGCUUCUUCGAGAUCUUGGAGAGGAGGAGACUGUGAUGGAUGAGCGGACGGGGUCCGUGGGUGGACAAACGGUAUCAACCGUGACUGGCCCUGCCCGGGUGGCUUCCGUCUCUGGGCCAUCUAUCGCCUCCGAGAACAGCGUUCGUGGGGCACCCAGCAUUGUGCACGCGGCAUCGAGCCACGAUAUCCCUGAAGAGCCUGCUGUGUCGGUCCCCGUCGAGAAGCCUCCCAUUGAUACUGGUCUUCUGGUUGAGCCCCCGAACGAGGAAAUGCGACGACCCAGCAUACCAACCUCCACCACCUCAUCCGACUUUGGUCGAGUUGGGCGGCCCCUCUCCAUUGCCAUCAUGUCCGAAGGCUGGUCCGACAGUGCCUCGCACCUCGAACGGGAAGCCUCGGUGCUCAGCCGUGGAAGCAAGUUCGACGGUGCCAGUUUGGGAUCGCGGGCCUCCAAAAUUACUUCUCCCGUCAGCUUUGAUGAUAAUGAAGAGCGUCUACUGCGAGAGACGGGUCUACUUGACCUCGGUGGCUCGCCCCCGCCACGCAAGCCUUCCGCUACCGUGCCGGAAGAUGAGUCGGAGAGUAAACCCGAAGAGUCUUCUGAAAUCUCGCAGAGUGAUAACAGGCCCAGCCGUGUCCGCCGCAGCCUCCACCGAACCCUUCGUGAGCCGCACCAUGUUCACCGACAUCACUCACGCCAUAAGAAGAAGGAUUCCGUAUCGAGCCUGAAUGGUCCCGAUGACGACGCAAACGAGAGCAGUGGACUUGCGCGCAAGACGCCCAGCUUCACCGUGCAUGGCAAGAAAGCUUCUAUCAUUACCUUUGGCUCAGAGUGGCAAAACAUGCCCCCGGAGGAGCGCCUUAAACUGCGCAAAUCUACACCUCAUGAAGAGCCACGCGCUUUGGAUCCCGUUGUCCUUACCGGCAGUGGAGAAUCGGUGACCUCGGAUCAUAUGCCCGCUGACCGUCGUCACUCGCACAUGAGUGUCAGCACGACUACGGGACUCAGCCUGGGCAGCGAUGAUGAAACUAUUGAUUUCUUCAAGGAUGCCCACGAGGCGUUACCCUCAGACUCUCCUAAACGACCGGCCUCGCAGGCUGCCGGCCACGAGCUAGAACAACCUCUUUCACUCGGCCAACCUGCACCAGAGUCUGAGAACAAGCCGUCGUCAACCUCCGGCACUGGUACUGGUACUGGAUCUGUCAUUCAUGGCAGCCACUUGGCUGCACCCGGAGAAACUACCUCACCCUCGUCUACUUCGCUCAGUGAACGAGUCGUUGAUACCCCGUCCUCUGAAAAUCUCCGACAACAAGCUGUCGGUGCCUGAGCCUACCUCCUGACAAUUCUUCAACCUAUCCGCAUUUUCCCUCAUUCUCUUUUCUCUCCCUCCCUUUCUCGAUCCACCGCCUCUGCAUCAUUGUAUAGCUCGACUCAAUUUUCUUUUCCCCUGGAUCUGCGCCCGUUGUUUACAUUACGACUAUUAUACCCCGAUUCAAUUUCAAAUCUUAUCUCGCACAAGUGGUUUUUUCUUUUCUACUCCAUCAUGUUCCUUCUUUUUAGCCUCGAAUUUUUUCCAUUCUGCACGGCACUUGCAUGACAACAGCAUUGAACCCGUUCGUCCAUCUUGGCUCCUACCUGCAUUUCACUGCAUCUUUGUUGGUCUGUUCUGGUCCAUAUUCUUCCUUUUGUCCUGUACGUCGGGGGUUUGGUUUCGGUUUGGGUCUUGGUUAUCGGAUGGAUUGCAUAUCGGUGUGAUGCUUGCGUCUUCUCCCUUUUAUUCGGCGCAAUUUUCUUGAAUCUUUCAAUCUGCAGACUCGGAUCUGGUUUGGUCUACUCGCAAAGGACUGGAUGUAGCGUAACGCUCGUUUCCCUCGGGUUCUUGUUAUGGGUGCCUAACAUACCGGGGUGCUAAGCUACAUUAGACAAAAGCAUCAAUUAUUGAACCUCUUGUGCAUGAAACUAGUGUAGACAAUGCUUCUAACCUAUCAUCAAUCCCACCUAUU